AUGUUUGUACGAGUCUUACGUGACUUCUGUCGACGAACGACCGCCGUCCCGGGCGGAGAAAAUGUCGUCAACCGUUUGAUACACGUAGCGGCGCCAUUGGAAAAGAACAGGGACCGUCGGAGUUUUUUGGCCUCCGUACCUCGUAAAGACGAAGGUACUGAAGGCGAGAAAUUCGUUUUCAUCGAUUCCGCAAUCACCAAGAAAGAAGAAAUGUUUCCUGACAUAAAUACGCCUAAUAUGCUUUUUGGUGGAGUUAAAUUCUCAGAUGUACCUAUUUGUCACAUUAAAUCAUCUAGGAACAAUACAAUACUUCAUGUCACUAAAGUUAAUGGUGAAAGGAUAAUUAUCAGGUCUUGUGGUAUGGAAGGAUUCAAAAAUACUAGAAAAGGAACAAAUAUUGCAGCCCAAGCUACAGCAAUCGGUUUGGCUACAAGAGUAUUAGAUUUUGGUAUUCACACAGUUCGUGUAACAAUUCAAGGAUUAGGACCCGGGAGAAUGUCCUCAAUAAAAGGUCUUACUAUGGGUGGUCUUAAAAUUAUAUCUGUCACUGAUGAUACUCCUAUAUCGUGGAAUCCAUUAAGAUCAAGAAAACAACGGAAGUUGUAA